AGCCGCUGCCAAGGAGCCACGGGAGCGCACAGAAGGCACGGAGCGCAGCGGGACGUAAACUCACAGCCGCCUCUCAGUUGCAACUUCGCUCAAGUCGUCGAAGAAAAUCUGCAAGUUGUCACAUCCAGAGGAAGACAGAGGGGGGGGGAGUGAGAUGAGCUGAGCAACAUGUGGAGCGUUUUAACGCGCGGUGGGCAAGUUUUGUGCCACUUGCUGCUGUGGCACGAACGCGAUGAUUUUUUUAAAGUGCUCUCAGUUUGAGUGACUUUCUGAAAGACAGUAGUAUGAGUUCCUUUGAUAUGCCAUGUUUCCUGCGUUGUGUCCUCGUGAUCAGGAUUGCGACUCAUGGGAUGUAGUAAAUGGAGAGCUGCGUUCAACUUUGGACACCUGAAGGUGCAGUCCAAGCUGUCCGUCUUCUUUACCAUGAUCAUUCUCUUCACAUACCUCUUUUACUGCCUCAACGGAUACUGUGACUCCUUGCCCAGGCCUGUGUAUGACCAACAGACUAAUCUUCAAAAUAAAAUUAUCUUAAAUGAUGGACAGGAAGCGUCACCGGAGCAGCUCGGCGCGUAUAACGCGUCCCCGGUCUCGCUUGUACGGGAACAACUGUCGGACUUCUCGAACAGCGAUGCUCCGUCCAAUAAUAUAUCUAUAGCCAAUAAUUUCGGCAGCAAAAAGUUUCCUCAAGCCAUCAUCAUCGGGGUGAAGAAAGGUGGCACGCGGGCGCUGCUGGAGUUCCUGCGCAUCCAUCCGGACGUGAGGGCCGUGGGCGCAGAGCCGCACUUCUUUGACCGCUUCUACGAUAAGGGACUGGAAUGGUACAGGAACCUGAUGCCUCGUACACUGGAGGGUCAGAUCACCAUGGAGAAGACGCCGAGUUACUUCAUCACCAAAGAAGCCCCUCGUCGCGUCUUCUCCAUGAGCCGCCUCACCAAGCUCAUCGUGGUGGUGCGUGACCCCGUGACCCGGGCUGUUUCUGAUUACACCCAGACUCUGUCCAAAUCUCCCGGGCUCCCGUCCUUCCAGAACCUGGCCUUCCGCAAUGCCACCACAGGACUCAUCGACACGUCUUGGAGCGCCGUACGCAUCGGCAUCUAUGCCAAGCACCUGGAGAACUGGCUGCGCUUCUUCCCACUCUCGCGCUUCCUUUUCGUGAGCGGCGAACGCCUUGUAACGGACCCAGCCGGCGAGAUGGGCCGGGUCCAGGACUUUCUAGGACUCAAACGUGUGGUGACAGACAAGCACUUCUACUUCAACCAGACCAAAGGUUUCCCCUGCUUAAAGAAGCCAGAGGGGAGCAGCAGGCCACGCUGCCUGGGGAAGUCAAAGGGCAGGCCCCAUCCCCAGAUCCCCUCCGAGGUCUUGCUUAGGCUCAGAGACUUCUACAGACCCUUCAAUCUCAAGUUUUACCAAAUGACCGGCCACAAUUUUGGCUGGGACUGAAUGGCUACUUAUCAAAGCUCCUAAAAACUUUUAGUAGCCAACUUCCAAGACCAGACAGGGAUAUCUUGAAGACAUUGUGUGUUACCAAAGCUUUUACUGUAUAAAAUAUGUAUUUCCUUCAUUUCCAUUUCCUAAGCUAUGAAUGCAGGAUCUGCCAACACAUACUCCUGCCUUCCCCUAGGUUUACAACAGCCAGGCUAGCAGAGGUUGUCAGAGCCUCAAUCAAAACAAAAGCUAGUGAGAAGCACUGGUUGUGGCUCAGUGUGACGGGUGAAAACCAGAUUAAAGCAUACUGCUUAUUUGCUUAAAAACUGGAACUUCUAGCACUUGGCGCCACAAGUGCCAGAAGUAUGCUAUGCUCUCAUUGCUGUCCAAAACGAUUAAUAGCACAACGUCUAUAUUUAAAAUAACCCCAGAAAGAAACCUGUGCUGCAAAGAGAUGUGUCUGAAAUUAAACCAAGUGGCAAAAAAGUAAGAAGCCAUGACAGCCGGACAGAGCUACGAUAAACCAAAUGACAUGUUGGUACUUUGAGGGGGACACAGGAGUUCUGCUACAAUAAACACAAGACAGCCAGGAAAUAAGCAAAGGGGUUUGAAUUCUGCACAAUGGUACAAUCAAAACAAAUAUAAAUGUGUGUUUUUGAGACAUAAAUUAAUAAUUCAGAAUCACUUAAACCUCAACAGCAUUGUUCAGUUCACCUUUAAACAGUGUAUGCAGUUAAUGAAUAUUUUCUUUCCUUUAUUGCAAACUCCUUUUCUGGACUCUUUAAAUUUUAUUAUAAAAAAAAAAA